GUUUCCGCGGGGAUAUUGGUCCGGCCUCCAGACAUCAGGCAGCUCUCCCGAGCAUGACGCUGUCUCUGUUCACAACUCUUCCGAGCACGCCGCCGUCAGUCCUUUGUCAUCAUCAUCAGCUCAGAUCUAGCAGCUUCGCCUUCUCAGAUCUCGCUCACCUUGUAGAUCUCGCUCAGAUUCGUUUGUUCUCGCCAGACGCGCCCACUUCGCAGCCGCCGCUAUGCCUAUGCUACCGCAUGGGCCUCUGCGCCUGGGAGGCUUGCGGCUGCCAGGCUUAAGUCACGGGGCAGCAGGAGUUCAGUUUUUUUAGGCCUUUGAAACAAGGCUAGCGCAUAUUAGCAUCGAGAGUCAGGAGAGUACGAAUGGGAAGUACCGUCAUAAAAUUAUCUUUGCUACUAGCAAUAGGAAGCACCGUCAUAAAAUUAACUCUGGUAAUAAAAUCGAUUGGAUAUAUAUUGUUUCUAGGAAACUAGGAAGGAUCCCGUGUAGAAAGUGUGGAUAGAUAGCCUUUUUCAUCGGAUCAUUUGGUUUUUUCUUAAAAUAUUUCUUUCAAAACAGUCUCACUUUUUUCUUAAGUUGUAUUGGUGCUCCCUAAGAUCGAAAGCAGGAAUACUACUUUUCUGCAAAAUCACAAAAAUGCACACAUUUGGGACCUUUCCUAAGCUGUGUCUUCGAGCAACCAAAAAGCUGAUGUUAGUUUAUUUUCAUUUUUUUGAGAGAAGAAAAUUCUUUGCUUGAUGCUUAAUCAGAGAUGAAAAUAUUGAUCAUUUUUUACAUGUGCGCUGAUCAUUUUUUUACUGGACUGCUGUCAGGUAUAAUUGGAGUGCUGUCAUAAGUGGAGUGUUGUUAGUUACAUGUGUGCUGAUCAUUCUAAUCACAUUGUUCGUCGUUAAUCAUGUGAAGAAAAUAUUCAAAGUUAUAACUUGAAUUUUUGUUGAAUCUGGCAAUUGUAUGGCCUAGAAUUUAUUGUUCAUUAGUCAGAAAGACUACUUAAGUUCGUUAGUUCAGGUCUUGCUGAUUUACUUUGCAGCAACAUGGUAUAUAAACCUGAUGCAUUCUCUGAUGAACAGACUUUAUACACCAUCACUCACAUUCUGAUGAACAGACUUUAAUUAUAAUGGCUAGAUGCACUUAUUGUUUUCGUUUGUACUCUAUAAAUCAAUUACAUGUUUCCUUAGUGGAAGACCACAAGUCUAGACUAGUAGUCUAGUAUUGGAUCCCUUGGGACUGAAUGAUCUCUUUAUGAUUUUGGUUUCAGCUUACAUGAGCACAUAUUGUGUGGCAACAACUUCAUUUUGCCAUCCAAGAACAUGUUAGCAGCAACAUCUUCAUAUUGUUUACAUCCGUCCAUGUUGUAUCAUUAGACAACCAAUUUACAUAACUACAUCCUUGAAUGGUAAAGUAGCUUGUAGGAUACUUGUAAAAAAGGAAUUAAACCCAAUUUAUUCUAGUGUCAAAGUUCAUAAUGAAGGGACUUGUACUAUGUUUAUAUGUUAUAUUGUCUAUUUGUACGUGUGAAUGGAGAUGAUCUUAUGUGAUGGGAUGAUGGAUAGAUUAACUUUGAUGGAUAUUAGAUGAUAUUUAAGUUAAACUUUGUUGGAUAUUAGAUGAUCAAGUCCGGUGCAUGUUUUUUUAGAUUUUUAGUGAUAUUUCAUUGUGUUUUUUAUUUUUCUAAAUAUUUCCUAUUUUUCUUUGAUUUUUGUGAUUUUCUGAAGUAUUUUGUCUCAAAAGGGGUUUUUAGUCCCUUGGUUGCCAAACAGUGGCCGAGAAAUACACCCGAGUGGAAAAAAUCCUACUAGGGAAUUGAGGUGUCAUUUAAAAUCCCCUUGGUAGAUUAAUUCCCUAGGUUUUUUAUCCAUUUGUUGCCAAACUAGCGCUUAGGGGGUUGAAAUCCCUACAACGGUGCCCCAUUUAAACUUCUCUACACGCUACAGUUUUAGUGGAGGCUACAGAAAAUAAACAGAUGUGGGUGUGUGACAGUGAGCUCCCUGCCCUCGGUUUACGUGUACGGCAGUGUUUUUAGUUGGGAAAAAAUGAUAAUAGAGGGUGAAUAUGUAUGAAAAAUAAUAUUUUAUGAUUAAUAGUGGGGUAUAGGGGAAGAAUUUAGAGAGACCCGCUGUACAUGGUGGAAAUAUAGGGGAAGAGAGAUAGCUGACGUGGCGGGAUAGUGAGGUAUAGAGAGAGAAAUUUAGAGGAGACGAUUGAAGACAAUCUCACACCAGUCGACUAGUCGAGUGUGGUAGUGGUCUCUUUCAACAAAUCAGAGAGUUACGGGAGGGAGGUGCGAUGGCGAAAAUAAAAAAAAUAUCCAUUCAUCGGUGGAUGAGGAAUGAUGCCACCAUAUUUAGAUUGCGCAUUUCUUAUAUUUAAACCCUAGAAAUUAAAAUAUGACCUAGAUUUAAAGUAUUUAGAGCACAAAAUUUUUGCAGCUCUAACAAUUGAGUUCUACAUCAAUGUUAUUUAAGAAAUAAAAAGUUAGAAAUAAUAUCUAAAUAUAUCAUGUUGUUUAAAAAAUAAAAAAGUUAAAAAUAAAAUACAAAACGAGGAUAUGCCUCCAGCAUAUAUAGUCCUAUAUUUAAAACCUAAAAGACUUAUUUAAUUAAUUUUUGUGAAACAGAAUCCAUAUUAAAACUGGUUUUUGAUGUUAGAGUCUAUUAUUUUAAAAUACAACUCCGUUUACAAUUUGAAAUGCUCCUACGAGCAAAGAUACACAAUCUCUUCGGCUUGGCGUUUCGCGGAGAACAGCGCGUCAGCGCCUACGGCUUCUGCUUGUCUCUCCCGUUCCACUCCAAACCCUAGGGGCGAAUCUCCGGCUAAUCGGCGGCGGGCGCAGCCACGCUGUCUGUGCAGGGCUUGUGCGGCCUUAGGACGCAGGGGCGUUGCUUGGGGCUCCCGGUGGGUGGCUACGAAGGGCUGUGGCGGCCCGCGGCCAGGGGCAAGUCGGCAGCGGCAAGCAACCGGGGUGCUGGGCGUGGGUGGGCUGCUGGGACGCCUGCGGCAGCGGUAAAAAGUCGAGCCUCGACCGUCCUGAGGCAGGAGCAGAGCAGCUGAGCUGGUUUGGUACUCUGUUGAUUCUCCAUUGGAGACACUAGUGAUGGAAGGUACUACCAUUUCUAUUGAGAUUGAUGGGGAGGCCAUCUGUCUUGACAGUGUCGGAGAUAAUGAACAAGAAGCUGCGGAGAAUGGAGAAAUGCACCAAACAAUUUACACUGAUGAAAAUGGGGAACAAGUAGCCUUUGACAACCAAGAACAGGGGAGGGAGGAAGAUCUGGCAGGAAAUGGAGAAGAGGAUAGGGACCAUAAUUCUAUCAUUCCAAGCCGUGAGGAGUUGACUGAAGAAUUAAGAAAUAAAGUCGCAUAUAGUGAGGAAGAAGCUUACAGGUUGUACUGUGACUAUGGGCACCGCAUGGGCUUUAGUGUUCGAAAAGGAAAGCAGUACUACUUUACUGGAACCAAAACCAUCCGUACUAAAGAUUAUUACUGCUCAAAAGAAGGCUUGAAGGAUGAUGAACAGCUUACUGAAGCAAACUUUAAUAAGCCGGAGACCAGAACUAAUUGCAAAGCGAUGGUCCGUUUUAGGGUUGAUUCUGAAGGUCAAUGGCGAGUUAUUCAAAUAAUUCCUGAACACAAUCAUGAGCUAGUUCGACCGGAAGAAAUACACUUACUGAGAUCAGUGAGGACUCUUUCUGUUCCGAAAUCUGGGGUGCUGAAUGCAAUGGUGAAUGCUGAAAUUCAAGCAAUGCAUGAUAAUUUGCAUAUAAAUGAAGAUGGUACAGAAUGCCACAGCCAACUUAGCAUCCGUAGUUACACACUGCUUGAACCAAAGGAAUGUGAGGCCCUUGUUGGAUAUUUCAAGCGCAGAACAAAUGAACAAUGUAUGUUCUAUUGGGAUGUAGAAGUAGAUCAAGAAGGCCGAAUGACUAAUUUUUUCUGGAGGGAUGGGAAAAGCCGCGUUGACUAUGACAGUUUCAGAGAUGUUGUGAUAUUUGAUACAUCAUAUCUCACCAACAAGUAUAAUAUGAUAUGUGCUCCAUUUAUUGGUUUGAACAACCACCGACAAAAUGUCAUGUUCGGCUGUGCAUUUUUGUUAGAUGAAUCCUUAACAUCCUAUGAAUGGUUAUUUAAGUCAUUCUUGGAGUCAGUGGGUGGUCGUCCCCCUGAAACAAUCUUUACUGAUCAGAAUGAAUUUAUCUCCAAGGCAAUCGAAGUUGUUCUUCCUGGGACACGCCAUUGUCUUUGUCAACAGCUCAUUGAAAAAAAACUUAUGUCCCAUUUAGGCAGUAUCAAUGAUUCUGGAACACUUCAUAGCUUGUUUUCAAAGUGCAUGAGAGAAUGUGAGUCAGAAGCAGAAUUAGAUGAAACAUGGGCGAUGAUGCAUCAUGAGUAUAACAUGCAGGAACACCCGUGGCUCACUGAUCUGUACCAGCAAAGGCAUAAAUGGUGCUCGGCUCUUCAUAAGGAUGCAUUUGAUGGUGGGAUUGAAUCAAUGGAUAGGAAUGAGAGUUUGAACAAUGUUUUGAGCAACAUUGACGAUGAAUCAGCUUCGCUUUCCACUUUUGUCCUUGAGUUGGAUAAACUUGCAGGGAGUUGGCGUAAAACUGAGUCUUUAGAGGACAUUCAGUGCAACCAAGCUGCUCCGGAGUGUACAGUUAAGCAUAACAGAAUUUUGCAACAUGCCGCUGAAGUUUACACACAUAAGGUCUAUAAGUCUAUUGAAACAGAUUUUCUAGAUGGAUGUAGUGCUACUUCAUAUCAGGCAGCUCAGUGUAAUGAAACAUUGCAUAAGUUUGAGUUCCUUCUGGAAAAUAGUCCAAAUGUUUCGGUAGUUUUCCUUAACACCUCUACCAUGGAGUUGAGCUGUACUUGCAAAAAAUUUGAGACCAUGCGUAUACUUUGUUCACAUGCUCUAAAUGCACUUGUUCUCAAGAAUGUAGAUAGGAUUCCUGAAAGGUAUAUUUUAAACCGUUGGACAAAAUAUGCCAGAAAAGGAACAUAUCCAUUUCCAGUUGAUGAAUUUGCAGAACAAGAUCGCACAGAAGUUGCAUUUGUGUACCGUAAUAGGGCUAUGUGGUUUGUUUAUGAUCUGCUGACUAAGAGCAAAAGUCAUCAUAAUACAAGAAAACUAAUUCUGGAUGCACUUGAAAAUGGAGAAAAAUCACUGGAAAGUAUGUGUGACCUCAAAAGAUUGCAUAUGAAUACCUUGGGGAAAGAGAAAGAUGGAAGCAGGGUUGAAAAGAGAAAGAAAAAAUCAACUAAGCAAGAGAAACAUUCAAGAAAUGUUAAACAAGCGGUUUUGCCCCAGACAGCUGACCCGGUUUUUGUUGAUCCACCAAAUCAAGAUCAAUAUUUUGCUGCAGAAGAUAUUGCAUCAAACCAAUCUGUUGGUAGACCUUUCUUCUACCAGGGAUAUCCCAUGACUGUUGUUUCAACAAGCCAGAUUCAGGGGCAUACUAAUAUGCAUUCUGAGCCUCAGUGUGCAUCUCAGGAAUAUUCUGCUUAUGGCACAGUUCAGCCACCAUCACAAUUUGGUGGUGGAAGAAAUUUCUGAAAGGUGUAGUGUCAUUGACAUGUGAAUAUCUGAAGCUCAUAUCAGUUCUACUGAUUGUUGUAUGUGAAUGACUUGUUCAUUUAGGCAGUAGACACCCAACCUAGCAACAGAAGAAACAGGUUGCUCUCUUCCAUUUUGUGAAUGUACUGAUUGUAAAUCUGUUGUCCACUUAACUGUAUGGAAUAUGGAAGCAUCAUGUUGUAGGAAACUAAAUAAGAAUUUGUUUUUGAAGUCUGUACCAUUUAUAUGCUAGCUAAACAAACCAGUGAGCACUAUAAUAGACUUCACCACGUGACACUGAUUGCCAAAUUCAACCAUAAAGUUCUUUACCUUGGAAGGUUAUUCACUGAAGCAUGGUCUUAAGGGACUCCCAACAUUUUUGGUACAGUCAGCUCUUGUUCAGUAAAUUAUGUAACUGUUUAUGGGUGGCAUACUUAUUUAAGAGUUUGAGUUGAGAAGCAAAACUGGGUCAUGAAAAAAAAUGUUCUGUACAUACUUCAGUUUUAGGAGCAUAUAAAUCCAUUGGAAUA